GGCUCUGCCCUGGCCUGCCCAACCCGGACUAGCCUGGCCCUUUAAGGUUGACCUAGCGGGGCCCCAAGUCUGAAUGACGCGACGAGAAGCGGGGGUGGGGGGUCACGUGGGACGCGGGCGGCGAGACUCUGGGUCCAGGGCUCCGGUCCUCAGCGGACUCCAGGGAUCACUAUCUCUUGCCCACUCUCGCCUGCACCAUGAUUUUCGUGUAGUGCUUUGCCACCAAGUGCGCCUUCGCCUGGUCCGCCUUUCUUGGGUCUCUGUAUGGCUGGUUCUCAAGACCUUGUUGCUAUACAGCGCCGGACUCCUUCCUAAUUUGACACGUGCCUGGGCUGAGGGAUCACCUCCCCCUGCUGUACGUGCCUCUGGACGCGCCAGGCUGGGGCUACCUCCGAGCGCCCCGUGGGGGCCAUGGAUGGCGAGACAGCAGGGGAGAAGGGGAGUCUUGUGCCCCCGCCAGGUGCGCUCGGCGGGUCCGCCUUGGGUGGUGCUCCGGCCCCAGGUGUGCGACGGGAACCCAAGAAGUACGCGGUGACUGAUGACUACCAGUUGUCCAAGCAAGUGCUGGGUCUGGGUGUGAACGGCAAGGUACUGGAGUGCUACCAUCGGCGCUCUGGCCAGAAGUGUGCCCUGAAGCUCCUGUAUGACAGCCCCAAGGCCCGGCAGGAGGUGGACCACCACUGGCAGGCGUCAGGCGGCCCCCACAUCGUGCGCAUCCUGGACGUGUAUGAGAAUAUGCACCACGGCAAGCGCUGUCUCCUCAUUGUCAUGGAAUGCAUGGAGGGUGGUGAGCUGUUCAGCAGGAUUCAGGAGCGUGGUGACCAGGCUUUCACUGAGAGAGAGGCUGCAGAGAUAAUGCGGGACAUUGGCACUGCCAUCCAGUUCUUGCACAGCCGGAACAUUGCCCACCGAGAUGUCAAGCCUGAAAACCUACUCUAUACAUCCAAGGAGAAGGAUGCUGUACUUAAACUCACCGAUUUUGGCUUUGCCAAGGAAACCACCCAAAAUGCCCUCCAGACACCCUGCUACACUCCCUAUUAUGUGGCUCCUGAGGUCCUGGGUCCAGAGAAGUAUGACAAGUCCUGUGAUAUGUGGUCCCUGGGCGUCAUCAUGUACAUCCUUUUGUGUGGAUUCCCACCCUUCUACUCCAACACCGGCCAGGCCAUCUCUCCAGGAAUGAAAAGAAGGAUUCGCUUGGGCCAGUAUAGCUUCCCUAACCCUGAAUGGUUAGAUGUCUCUGAGGAUGCAAUCCAUGGUGGUCCCACAGACCCCACUCUACACAGCCCGAGUGCUCCAGGAAGACAAAGAUCACUGGGAUGACGUCAAGGAAGAGAUGACCAGUGCCCUGGCCACUAUGCGGGUAGACUAUGACCAGGUGAAGAUCAAGGACCUGAAGACCUCUAACAACCGGCUCCUCAACAAGAGGAGGAAAAAGCAGGCAGGCAGCUCCUCAGCCUCACAAGGAUGCAACAACCAGUAACUCAUGGUGCCUUGGAGAAGCCAGGCUGACAGACUGUAAUGUCCUGAGGCUCUGGCCAGGAGGGGCUGGAGUCGUUCUUAUAACAAAAGGACAAUUUUGUUGUCUUAUGUGUCACAUUGAACUUGGGGAUAAAGAGCUUGGCCCAAGAAUCCCAGCCUAAGUCUCAGGCUCUAGCAAGCUGCAGGUGACAGGGAUGGGAGCCCUCUGCGACAGCUGGAGCAACUUUGCACACCAGCUUGACUGAGGCCACAGCUCUGUUCUGCCUCAGGAAGCAGCCUUACUUCUAGGCCACUGGGUGUUGUGGCGGAUAUACCCGUUUUUCUAUAAAGGAUGUGUCCUGCUGUGUGGGCAGAUGGGUCUGGCCUUGAGGAAGGUAUUGGGCCAUUGGUUGCUAUGGUGACCAGAGGCCAUGUUGCUGUCUGAGAAUACUGAACACAGGAGGAAGGAGGGACAAUCAAGGGUCUACCUUCUUGGGGAGGUCUGUCUCUCUCACACUGGAUGUCCCUCCCCAGGCUCUCUCCUCUGGUCUGCUAGAGGCUGCAGAGUCCUGAUUGCUUGCUUUCCUGGGUGGUCCAGCCCUGCCUUACUGUAGCAAGAGCCCAUGUAACACUCAGAGAGCCACUAGAGUCCCUGGGCCAAGCAUCCUCUCCAUUACCCCCUGAUCCAAAAGGUAACUUCUCAUCUCAACUGAAGGUGUGGAUAUGUAUGUUGGGGGUGGGUAUCCUUAACCUUUUUCCAGUUUGGAAACCUCACUGUGACAAAAGCCCCCACCUCUUCCUGCUCACCAGAUCUCAGGUAGGAAAGCCAGUCUCUGCUGACAGCACGGGAUCUCAGGUAGGAAAGUCCGUCUCUGCUGACAGCACGGGCAACCUUGGGACUUACUUUUGUGAAAGGUCGCACUUGGCUCCCUGUUUGUUAUCUAGGACCUUUUCUGGUACUCUGGAUCAGACCUGGCUGGUGAAGGGCUGCUGAGCCGUGCUUACAAGGUCUGGUCCUGGCUUUAGCAGAAUUGGAGCAGAGAGGGUUUUCCUUGGCUGAUCCCAGACUUAGCCAGCUCUGCCCUGUCCUGCCCAGGGCAGCAUCCAGGUGCUGAGUGGUUGAUUGGUGACCUGACAAGUGCCUGGCACCCAGCCUACUUCCUAGAUCCUAGAUCCUGGCCCUUCUCACUGGCUGGGAAACCUUAGAUCUUAUCAAUUACAAUGCUGCUGGGUUUUAUAUUCUGAUAUCAAUAAACACAUUUUUAACAUUUUUCAAUGA